UGGCGACCAUGGAGCGGGAACGUUAAUCAGCUUAGAUUGAAGUGUUGAUUUUGUUUAUCAUAAACUGAUAUCAAAAACAAUAUACACUUGAGAUUAUCGUCUACAAGUCCGAGGAUCUAUUGUGCCAAAUACAGCUAAUUUCUACCACGAAUUUAGGGAACAGAAGCAUUCAAAAUAAUAGAGAAAUGACAGACAAAUCUGCGGAUGUCAGAUUUUUCUGGCAUCGCACGGUAGCAACCAGAGUGGGAGCUGUGACACUGGAUGCAACAUUUCAAACAGGCAAGAGUGUGACCCUGUCAUACAACAAAGACAAAAAUGUAUAUGAGUCUGAGGAAAUGGCAGUAGCAUGUGGGACAUACAAAGGACACAUUACCAUAGAAAACAGAAAGUACCAAUUAGAACCUAUAGACAUCAAAUCAUACACAUUUGAAGUUGACUUGGAAAUCAUCGAAGAUGAUGAGCCAACUGAAACAAGUGAAGUGAGCAACAAUAACAAAGGAGAAGUGCCAUCAACCAUACAUGAUAUACAAGCCAUAGAAAACGAUCUCAAAAACAUUCCACCAAAAAUGGACGCAAGUAUUAAAUUAUCCAAUCGAUACGAGGACUUAGUUCGCCAGCAAAUGGCGAAUGGAGGACGAACAGAGCAUGGCUCAAGGUCAAAUUCAAGGUCGGGGUCUGAGUUUAGCCAAUCAGAUUCAAGAUAUAGACAAAAUGAAAGGAGCAUGGAGGCUGUUACAGAUGUAUUUGAUUAUAAUUCUGAAAAACAAAGGAGCUAUUACAACAAUGUAGACAAUGUCCAUAACUGGCAGGCUAGGAAUGGAAGUAUGGCUAAUGAACAGGAAUUAAAUCAGUUUUUCAGCAGUGAUAACAUAUCGCACCCUGGAUCAGAUCGUGGCUCAGAAAGAGGCUCACAAAAAGGACUUGAGAGAACAUCAGAAAGAGGCUCUAUAAGGGGUUCUGAAAGGGACAUUGAGAGAGAUUCAUUAAGAGGAUCAGAAAGGGGCUCAGUAAGAGAUUCAAUCAGAGGUUCGGAAAGAGGCUCUAUGAGGGAAUCAUUGAGGGGCUCAGAAAGGGGUUCUGAAAGAGAAUCUUUAAGGGGAUUGGAUAGAGACUUUGAAAGAGAUUCGUUAAGGGGCUCUGAAAGGGAAUCCCUGAAGAGUUCAGAUAGAGACUUUGAAAAUGAUUCAUUAAGGGGCUCUGAAAGGGAAUCUUUUAGGGGUUCAAAUAGAGACGUUGAAAGAGAUUCAUUACGGGGCUCUGAAAGGGGUUCUGAACGUGAGUCAUUUAGAGGCUCAGAAAGGGGUUCUGAGAGAGAUUCAUUAAGAGGCUCUGCAAGGGGUUCUGAAAAGGGUUUUCAAAGAGGAGAUAGCCGAAGGAGCAGUCGCAGAAGCACUCCAACAAAUUCUAACCGCCAAUCACCUGUAGGAAGUGACCUUGGCCGAACUCUUGUGGCUGAGGAUGACCAGGCUUAUCCUGGGGGACAGGCAUUCCAACCAUUGAUGAAGACACCCUUGGUGACAAACAGAUCAACUACCCUGAAGAGUGGAUCCACGUCCAGUACCCCAGCCAUGACUAAUGGCAUACAUGAAAAUGGUCUCAAAGAGGAAGUGUAUAAGUUACAAGAAAGGGAAGAUAAACUUUCAAAGCUACUAGAAGAGAAGGAGACAGGACUUAUUAAUGCUCAUCAUGAAAUCACAGAUCUCAAAGCCCACACGGCAAAGUUACAAGACGAAAUUGAAGAAUUACAAAAUAAAAACUCACCUGCUUACCAAUAUACGGCAAAACUUGAGAAUGAUAAAAAAAUAGAUGAACUUUUACGGGAAAAAGAAAACCUGUUGACAGAAAUCCAUAAACUGAAACAGGAGCUGGCGAAUGAGAAAAGAUUGGACAGUGUCAGCCAAGUGGGUGCUACGGGGGUUGGUGCAGUGCUUGGGAGAGGUGAUGGACCCUCCCCUAUAGAGGCAUAUCACCCAAACAACCCUAGUGCCCUACAAAGGCAGAUAGAUGACCUAACAGACCAACUGAAGGACCUACAAGAAGCCCACGAGACUGCCGUCACCAGUCUAGCAUCCGCUGAGAAGAGACUACAAGACACUGGAAAUGAUGUCAGUUUGGGACGUGAUUUACAGGAGGCACAUAUAGAAAAUAAAAAACUUCGAGAGCAGAUUGAAAAUCUGGAGAAAUCUCAGAUGGGAGAUGUAAGAUUGCACGAUGAGAUCCAACAUCUGCGUGAUGAAUUGCGAUCUAUGAGAGAGCAGACAUAUCAACUCAAUGAGGACAACAUAAGAUUAAGGGAGAUAUUAUAUGAUAAUAAGCGGACCACAGAAAGAAGUAAAACUGACACAUUACCUAAAGUGAACACAAACAAAAACUUCAACUCAACGAGAGAUACUAGCUACUCAAGAAAAGAGGAAAGAUUCGAUCGUAGCGAAAUGUAUAAUGGAACAGCAGAUAAUUUCAGAGAAAAGAAGAUGGAUGUUUCAGAUAACCGAUUAUUGCGGCAUUCGCCUGGAACUAGAAAUUCUAUGUCAUCAAAAAGAUCUGGUCAACAUCGUUCUCCUAGUCCAGCACGUUCUGACACUAGUGAUACCACUAUCAUGCUUGCAACCCUGCCUCCCUCUCAAUAUCGUCCUAAACAACUUAUCUCUUCUACCAGUCACGUCCAAAAUGGACUACAUUCUGACAAAGGAAAUAGAUAUGAUGAUGACCUUGACCCUAUGAUGAAUGAUCUUGAUGACCUUCACCUUGUGGAAAAUCGGCGGGAAAGAAGCAGACGCCUCAGUACAGGAACUGGUUCCACUAACUCAAUCUUGGAUGAAGUUGAAGAUGAGUUAGAAUUGUCUGGUGGAAGACGACAUAUAGAGGAAUAUAAUGCAUCUACAGCAUACGGACGAAGAAGUGGAUCCCCUCCACGAUCACCCAGAGAUCCUAGACUUCUCAACUCUGGAUUCCGUAGUGUUAGCCCUCCCCCUCUCGUCACACAGCAUAAUAAAGACCUCCUAGGACCACAGAUGGAAGGGAAAUUUGAUAUCAAAGGCAGGAGACCUUUUGCCCCGCGUAGUCCAGCUGAUUGUAACAUUGGUGACAUCAUCAAAUUUACUCGAAAUGGUGGUAGAGUGAGCAGAGGGGCUGUUAAAUACAUUGGACAUCUGCAUGGAAAAAAUGAUGCGUACCUUGGAGUAGAAUUAGAACAUGGAGAUUCAAAACAUGAUGGGACAUAUGAAGGACAAAGAUACUUCAAAUGCAAGCCUAAUAAAGGUGUAUUUGUGGCCUUCAAUAAGGUGAUCAUGGUGUGGGGCGACUAGAUGUACAACAAGAGUCUCAGCAGACAAUCUUAACAUCGACAAUCAGAACAACUUUCGAUGUUCACCAAGACUGAUAUUCUGACUUUCGAACUGUCCUCCUGGACUUCUGAUGAUCUUUGAAACAUUCAAAGAUGUUGAAUUUCAAUGGAAGAACAAACAUUUUUGAUGUUUGGGCCUUUCAGUGUUCUCCUGAAGUUUUGAUGAAGUUUGGAACUUUCAAUGUUCUUGGGGAAUUUUGAGGAUCUUUGGGGUAUUUCAUGUAUCCUAAAUUUUGAUGAUCUUUGGGACUUUCAAAGAUGCAGACUUUCGAUGGAAGGGUGUAUAUCACAUUGUAAUGCACUUAUGAGUGUAUAUCAUGUUGUAAUGAAAUGAAAAAUGAGAUGCUGUAUCGCAAGUCUCAAUUUCUCUUUACAGUGAGAAAGUAGUUUAACCUUCAAAGCUUUAAUGAUGUAUGUUCUUUCUAGCACUUGGGUUGCAUGCAUUGAUAUUUGAAUCACAAAAAAUGUGAAGAUAAGUAUCGAAAAUAUUGCAUAUAUUUAGAACACAUGUUUCAUGAUGAUGAUGUGAUAUCCAAUCAGAUUUGAUGUUGCUCAACCAAUCAGCAUCAUCCAAAUAUUCAUUGCUUUCUGUAUAAAGCAUAGCUGUAGUUAGAGCAGAAAAUUUUAUUCCAAUUAUGUUGUUGUAUAUAAAUGCAUGUGUAUAAUGUGAGCAGUAGCAUACAUACCUAAAGUGUAUUCACUAUUGAAAUCAUUGUACAGUUAAACUCUAUGUGUAUUACGGGGUACUCUCUCAUAUUGGCCAAUAUUGUUGUUCUUUGUAGAUAGGUACUUUACAGAGAGAAAUCACAUGUAUGCCAAUGGGACUUGCAGUUUGAAAAAGUAAUGUUGAGAUGUGGUCUUGACAGAGGUGUCCCCUCAAACAGGGUUUACUGUACUUAAUGAUAUAGCAAUGUUUUAAAUAAUUUAUACAUAUUUUUGUGCACAUUUGGGUUCAAGAACUAUCCAAGUAUUUUACACUUUGUAUGUUUUUAUCAGUGAUCGUACUAUCAGGGGAUGUAUACUCCCAAGUCUCUCAUUGGCUAGCUGACAGGUGGAGUCAUCAAGAUUUCAGACCUUUCAGGGUUAAACAUGAAUUGUGGACCAGUUACCAUAUGAAUUUCAGGCUACAAUAAACUGACUCUAGAUCACAAUAUCUCAUAUUGCACCCUGUUGCCGAAAAAGAUGACUCUCCCAAGGUCAAGUAUCUUGGCUAGAUAACCCAAGUAUACAACCCAUGAUAGCUCAAUAAUAUGAUGUGUUACCCAUAGGGUUGUAAGAAGGAUCUCAAUUUUGUGUCAUAGUAAUCAAUGCCAUGAAUAUUCUUAAUACUCAAGAUAUAUCAUUACUAAAACACAGAAUUCACUUUAAGUGAACACUCGUUAAUUGUUUUAUAAUCGGCAUUCUGUCUUUUAGGUUAUUUAUUGAAGUAGAAAUGUGGAUGAAUCAAAGCAUUCUAUGUCAAAUCAAAUAAUAUGUCUACAAUUUAUAUCUCUGUAUUUAAUUUUGAUAGUACUGAUAUAUCAUCUUUGAUAUCUGAGCCAAGCGAUUUUUGCUUAUAUAUAAUUUAUUUGUGUGUCCAUGUAAAUAAUGUUGUUGAGAGGAUUGUGAAUAUUUGAUGUGAUAUGUCAAACUUUGAUAAAUGUGAUGUGAUAUGGGGAAGUUAAGAUGGCCAUAUUUACAGAUUGUUGAGAGGUGAAGCUUGGGAUAUUUUGGGGGCUGUAUCGAAAUGUCAAUGUUUUCUUAAGCAACAUGUUAACGACAUGUUAAUUCAGCAAGCCUCCUAUUGAGCGCUCUCACAGUAUCAUCCACUCAAUUUGCUAUUUUUCUAUUAUGGCUUUUUAGCACCCUCCCCUAAAGCUCUUGCCUUGCCUCAGUCAGAGUUUUUUAUUUAUUUUUUUUACAUUUACUUCAAUUGAAGAUUAAGUGAAAGAAAUACAGACUUAGGCAAGGCUAAUAAAGCUCCUUAGACUAGUUGAUGUGUUAAAAAGUCAUUAAGCUUUGAAAUGGAAAGGGAAUGUCCUUUUAUAGAAGUUGCCUCUGGUCAACACCUGAAAAUGACCCACACAGAAUGACACGUGUUGUCAAUGUGAUGUUAAAAACAUUUUUUGCAAUGUGAGUCUAUUGUACAAAAGCACUUAAAAAUUAUGAUAUUGUACAUGUACAAUGUGAAAUCUUGUGAAUGGUAGGUUGUAAUAGAACACUGCAGAUUUUUUGUAAUAGAAAAACAAAAUAUGAUAUAGAUUUGUUUUGUUCUAUUUAUUUACAUUGAGCUAUAAAUAAAAUGAUACCCUAAAAUAUCACCAUUCUUAUGAUUGUUCCAAAAUGAAAAACAAUUUUACUUAUAGACUAAUAUCUUUUAUAAAUUUAAAAUACCUGCUAGGCUUGCAUCUCAGUGUUAUUACUAGAAAAGCAAGUCCAAUAGGCCAGUGGAAACAAACUAAUGUAACAAUUAAUAUGCGACUGAUUAGUUUGCUCAUGGUGACGACAAUUGUCAAAUAAAGAGGAAAAAAUAAAUUACAUUACUAAAUAUAAAAUUUAAAAAACACCAAACUUUUGCAAAUAUUGUAGUGAAGAAAAUGAAAUUAAUUUGAGUUUGUCUGGUAAGAAAUAUUAAAAUACAAGGAAACCCUCCAAAAUGGACCCAGAUUACCCGUAUUAAAAUUAAUUCUUAAUUCUUGUGCAUUUACCAAUCAAAUACUGUUACAGGGAUAAUUUUCACUGAACAUUCAUUAUUUCACCCACUUGGUUCUUUUUCUACUUAGGGAGCCUACUUAUUUCUGGAGAUUCCUUAAGGCACCCACCUUUAGCUUAAGACAUGUGCACAUGUACUAUGCCUGGCUUGUAUGGAAUAAAUAUACACAUUGACAUGGCAGCUAUUUCCCUAUAAAAAUCAUUUAAAAGUGAUUGUUAUCCAAUGUUUAUGUUGCUAUGAUUGACUUGAUUGUCAUCAACAUAAAACAUCCCUGAAGUAUCCAAAAUGUAUGUGAAAUAUUGCUAUAUUUAUACCUGAUGUUAUUUCUCUGAAUCUCUUUCAAAUCAAUAUUUGAAUCUAUUAUUUCUUAAUCUGUAUCUAGUGUUUAAUGUAUAUAUUAUAUCUAAUAUUAAAUAUCCAUAGAUUUGUAUCCAAUAUUCCUUUUAAGUCUAAAUUUGUGCCAUUUGUUAAUCGACUUCAGCAGCCAAGGCUUCCUCUUUAGCAAGAUUCUGGCGUUACUGCCAAAUCCUAAAUAAUUGUCCUAAGCCAGUUAUUCCUAGAAAUAUGUUGACGCUAAAUAAAUUCCAGUUCUUAGGGAUGAUCACCAUGGAAUACCUGGACCAUAUCAUACCUGUAGCUGCUAAUGCAGUAGACUGUGUAACACUUAGUCUAUCUGCGGGUCUAGCAUAGUCAGCAAUACCAGCUAUAACAAGGCACCAUUUCAUGGUUGGAGCCCAAAAGAAGAUUGUUUUAGGGCCUGCUGGAUGGUUCCACAUCGGUGCAAAUCUCGCAGGAACAACCUUGUCAAGGCGGGUAAUCAACCCUCUGUAUAUUGCUGACAUGAUUAAGAAUGUACUGUGACACUAAAUAGCCAUUUAUACGACUAAAAUAAGGAUAAUAUUGAAACUUUUAAAAAUAAAUAAAAACCGGAAGUUAGCAAAGACGAAC